CCAGACGAGGCGAAAUACAACAUCCAACACACAUCCAACACACAUCCACAACUCGGAGCAUCGAAAUGCCCAAUUAGCUUCACGUUUGAAAGAACAUGCCAUCUUCCCAGCAUAACAACGGAUCUCAACAGUUCGAUAACUUAAAAAAAGUUUAUCAUUUCGAUGACAACGACAGAAGCGAAGCAAUACGGGCGGUGCAGCAUGUCGCAUCUCUUGCUAUGAGAGACGCUCGGAAUGAGUCGGCCCGCUCAGUGAUUAUUGAUUUUGGAAUGAUGGAACCUUCUUUCCAUGGGCAGAGAACGCACCGGCUCUCUUCGGACUUGUAUAGUGAACAGUCGUACUCGUCAUACGUAUCCCGAGAAAGGCCAAUCUUCCAUGGCUCAAUUGGAUCUAGGUACGGUGACAACGAGAGCGAGUCGGUCAGAAGUGACGACUUAAUGGUCGAGGAUCGGUUGAGUGCGUUUGCAGAGAUCAAGAAACGAAACAAGAAGAAGGCAGGUGAGGCGACUGCAUACGUGAGGAAAAGUUUAGCUCAACUCGGAAACCCCGUGAAAAACAAUCCGCGAGAAGCAUGGAUGUGCGGAGUUACUGGGAAACGCUUCAGUUCUUAUGAGGCCGCCAGUGAACACGAGGAUUAUCAUAUAAGGGAGAUAGUUGCAGAGCUUGGAUGGGCACAAAAUGGUCUAGAACAUGAUAACAGCUUCGGAAGAGCGGAUAGGGACAGUGAAGUAUUUCAAACAGCACGAGAAAAUUUUGCCUCGUUUGAGGGCUCACAACGUGAGCAUCUACAGCUCGAUGAAGACUUCAAGACAUACGAACAAGCUUCGAAAGCAAGUGUUGCUAACUCAGGAGCUUCGCCCGCACCAGCGAGGCCUGAUUUUCUUGCCGUCUCUUCUCGGAACUUGAACCAUCAGUUUGCACUCUCAUCGUCCGAAAUUGGUCCACCACCCAUCGGGCACCGAGGGAUACUUUCAAAUAAGAAUAAUCCCUACCAAAGUGAUGAUUUUGUAGUCUUGGCUGAUGAGGCCCUUACAGACGUCUGCAAAAAAGCUGAAAAGCUUGUGUUGAGCCAGCUUGAACAAGAGGCCGAGUUUGAACUGGAGUCUUACUCGAAAGAUAAAUACUAUUACGAUAUGUUAGAACAGAGAGAAAUCGAGAGACAAAGAGACGGGGCCUACAGUAGAUUUCGUACCGAAGGUAAAAAUCUUGCCGAAAAAAUACAAAACAAAUUUGUCGAUGCUUAUGCCAUCAUGAAAAAAGGCAAAUCCAAGAAGGCCACAUCUGCUGUAGAUCAUUAUAAGAGGAAGAUCGAAAGCGACUCGGACGUGAAGCAAAAAAUUGAAAAUACCAAGCAAACUCUCUACGUCAAUGUGAUCGUCAAAAAUUCUAUUCAAGUGGUUAGUCAUGAACUGGACAGAUUAGCGAGACAACGAUGGGAGGAGCACAAACAGAAGGAGGGAAAACUUAAUGAUAUCCGGAACGACGAAAGCCGAGCACAAUUCGAAAAAUUCAAGGCUAGAGCCCAGGGCCAACUCGUACAACUUGCUGGUUUGGCUCUUGCCUCAGACUUUACUCCACGCAGAAUCGCAGUCCAGCUUUCAAACGAUCUCUAUAGGUACGUGGAUGCAUUUGUAAUAGUUUUUUCGCGUUAUAACGAUUGAUGAUCUGGAUUUAUCUGUUUUUCUGUUUCUCACGAUCAAGUUCUUUUCAUUGACCACACAUUUUCUCCACUUUAGGCUUCUAACACCGUACGUACACCAUAUCUUACCAAUUUGUGUAUUCAAGUGAUCAUAUGAAAUUGUUCUUACAGUGUUGUUAUCUCGAUUUGUCUGCUUUAGACGGUUAAAACGAAGGGGUGUUUUCAUAGAGUCCGAAAUCGAAUAUCGUGUCGGACCGUACUUUGUCCUUGCUGUCAAUGUCCUUGGGGUGGAUUGGAGCCGUUUAGUUGAAAAGACUUACGUGGACGUAAAUGAACGGCGGGCGAAAUGGAUCAGAAAAGCUGAAUUGGAUAAUGCAAAUGGAGUAACAAGAAGAUACGGACCACUAGCUAGCUUGAUAAGACUAUCCCAUAUGACGAGUAUGGAAGUCUUGGCAGGUUUUGUGGCAACCCUCUACUAUACGCAUUGGAUCGUAUACACUCCAAUUUGUUGGUUUCUGUACCGUUUUUGUAUUGGAGAAACUUUUCGGAAAUAUUUUCUGUCAAGUGUCACUGACGGUAAGUCUGUGCAAAAGAGUAUGGAUUUUUUGCAUUUUCGAUUAGCAACUUUAUCACUCACCAGUCAUUUAUUGGAAACAGAAAUUUUUUACAUCGUGGAGCAGAAAGGAAUGGAAAUGAACAUUCAAAUUCAGGAUGCAGAAAGUCAAACGGUUUGCAUGCUCUCAGCUCUCCAAGAAAUCCGUACAGAUAGUCGUGCCCUCAAGAAGAAGCAAGAAAAGGCAGGGUCAGGAGAAGGUGAAGCGGAACUUCUAGGUCCUUUAUUAGGUCCAGCAAUCAAGGAUGAUAACAGAGCAGCUCCUGGUAUCCCUGAUGGCUUUGAAGUACCUCCGAAUCUCGAAUAUGUUAGUCUUGAGCUCAACCUACAGGUAGGGUUCCAACGUUUGCGUUGGGCUCUGUUAAACUCAGAAUCUUCAUUUAUGAAAGAUGCAGUGAUGAAAACGGAACUAAACUACGACAAGUAAGUAUUCAGCGGGCGGCUCAUCCUCAUUUUUCGAUUCGUAUUGGUACUCUUCACGUCGCUUCUUUUUUGAAAGCGUGGCAUUCGACUAAAGGAUUUCUUCUCUAUCUUUUCCUCUAGUAUCGUUUCUGGCGAAUGGAACAAAUUUAAUGACGAAAUUGGUCUAUCAAAAUUGCCCGACUCUGUCAAGCACGAAGACUUCAUCGGGGCCGAAAGAAAAACGAGUGAGUUUCAUGGAAUUUCUUUUUCAAACCGUCUUUGUAUUUAGCCUCGGUGCGUUUCGUCCCUAAACGCAUUUUAACUCAUCACCAUAUUUCGUUGUAAUGGAUUAUCCUCUUUAGGCUACCUGAUGCCAAAAUCGGCGUUUGUGGCCGCAAAUACAGCCCAUGAAACUGCUUACAUCGAGUGCUACAAUGAUUAUUGUUUUUCGCUGAAGCUCCGAGCGUUAACUCCCGAUGUGCCAUACGGAUCCACGUUUGAAGCUUGGACGAAGUACGUCGUAAUCAACACCGGGAACAAAAGCUGCAAGCUGAUAUGCUCCCUCGAAGCCGUCUUUCCAAACGGCCCACCGAUGGUCAGCCGACAAAUCAAGAGCGGAAUGAGAGACGGUGUGGGCGAAGUAUUCGUGAAAACCGGGGAGGCUUUUCAACGAUACGCCAAUGCAUAUCCAUAGAACAUACAGUAACAAUUGUAUUCGAUUAGAUGUUUUGAAUUGAUUUCUAUUCUACGGAACACGCAGCGACUACUUUUUAAAUCAGUGAUAGGGCUACAUAAUAUAUAUUCAGGCUCUUUGAAUAUAUCAAUCGGCUUCCUAUGGUUUCAAAGCAAAUCAAUCCUUUUUCUUGUCUUCUUCUGUUUUGGAUGUUUCCCCUUCUUCAGGUUCCUCCUCCUCCUCUUCCGAGUAAGCCAGUAGUAGCGAAACUUCACCCCUAACAAUAGCGCAAAGGAAGGACGAUCCCAGGCAGGCUGGUACCAGGUACAACAAAGCUGGUUGCGCAGCCUGGAAGUAAAUCAUCACAAACAACGUCACACCCAACCCCAUAACAUAGGCAAUCAUGGCCGAAUAGAAGUAUGGCUUUGGGAACGCUUCGUAAACGUCAACCUUAUCAGUUGGCAUCUUUGCAUUCUCGGCGUCGAACCUGAGCAGCAACGAGAGGAAAAAACCGGGGAUGACAAUAUCUCCAAGGCCAAGCAAACUCAACUCGAUUUUUCCGGUGUCGUCGAGGGGUUCGAGUGACCUAGGAAAUAGCAGUUUGAUGGGACCGUCAAGGUUCUUAGCUACCGUAACCAUGACGUCCGUACCAAACACCCAGAAGAUGUCGUAAAAGAAGAGCCCCACCAGCAGAAUUGCUCCGAUUUUGUAGGUACCCAAGGAGAGCCGCUCGAUACCUUGCAAGCAAAAACAAAUGCCGAGUACGUUGUUCAGGGCCCAAUACUUCUUCUGGAAAUAGAGGAAUACAACACCAGCGGCCAGUAGAAUGGACACAGUGUCGGUUGCGGUGAGCUCGAGUCCAAUCUCAAAAUCCUCCGAAAGGAUCCAAGCCGGCAAAGGGUGGGGAAUCUUCUUCCUGAAUCCCAUUUUGUAUUCGUUCAUGGACUUGGGGGCGAUGUUGUCCAAAACUGGACUGAAGGUCAGCGCAAGAGCUCCGACGCCAACGAGGGCAAAGUAUCCACCUAUGAGAAGGUUCACAAGGUCUUCUCCCAAAAAUUUGAAGGCUAGGUACAAUCCGAAAAGGGAACAGCUUCCCAUGAUUGGAAAUUGCAUGGCGUCCUCCGUCUUCAGCGUCUCUUUUGCGGGAGCAUCCGGGUCGUAUCCUUCUUCUCCUUCCUUGGGGACCUCUUCCCUCAACACGAGCGACGAAUGGCAGGCAACAUACAAAAUAGCCGUCACCAAAACCAACAGAUGGACUACAUACGGGACCAAAACAAACUGCGACGCUCCCCAUACAAUCGCAAUUGUUGCGUAUGCCAAGGUCAACAAAGGGUCCUUCGUUUUCGUUGCAGAAUCACUCAUUUUCUUGAUUUUCCUUCAAUUUCUUGAUGAGAUUAGACAGACAGCUACUUGGAAGACUAUCUUGUAACCUUCUCCGUUCCCAACAAUGAUACCAUUCAAUGGUUAGUACUAUUGCGUUGCUAGUAAAUCGUAUUCAAUCCC